AUGUCAGAUUGGAAAAUUUAUCAACUAGGAAUUUAUGUUAAUAAAGAUUAUACCUUUUAUUAUUAUAGUCUUAGUGCAAAAGGGGAAUAUUCUCAUGGCAUUAUUAUGUUGUGUUAUUGUUACUUUAAUGGCUUUGGGACAUCCAUUGACAACAAUGAUGCACAAUAUAAUGUUGCUGUUUCUAAGAAGAGAUUAGAGGAACUAUCUGGGAUUUUACUUUUGGAAGACGAAAAACAAAUUGAUACAAAUCCAACAAAGCAGCAAAUAAUAGAAAAGUGGAAGUUGAAUCAUGGUUUAAUCUUGGAUGGAUGUAGCAUGCAAUCAAAUGAACGAUCUGUUUUAUCGUUGAUGACGAUAAAUUGUGCAUUGAUUUAUAUAAUGGAGAGCCUAUGGCCUAUAUCAGCAUGGGGAAAUAUUCAUGAAUUAUACGGUCACGUUUUUGCAUAUAAGAUUUUAGUCGGAGGACAGAUAUUUAUCAAAGAUUUCAAUUUAGCUUCUUCGAUACAAAAGGAUAUUUUAAAACUUUAUUUAAUUUGGGCGUAUAAUUCAGCUAAAGAUGAUGAAAACUCAUUCAAUAAUAAUUCUUUUGGAUUGAACUUUUUACCGAGAAUAGAAACGUCAAAUGGUUUAAAAAAUGGAAAGUUAGAUGAAAAUUACGAGAAUUUUGAUGAAAGAUAUUUGGGAAUCGCUAAUUUUGAAAAAAAGGUUGAAUUUGGAAAGUUUCGUAUAUUUCAAGGCCUUGUAAUUCAAUCCCAUAAAGUGGAGAGUAGCAAGAAAAUUGCCAUGAAUAUUAUUCAAGUUCCUCAAGUGAAUUCGGUUGGCAACUUUUAUUUUGAAAUGAUAAAUCCAACGACAAAAUGUGAACAAUACGAAGUUCUUAUCAAUAAGAAUCAUUUAGAACCUUCAUUGGAGUUUUGUAAUGCCAUAGAAAAAGCGCUUAAUGAAAUGAAACCAUUAAAUGCCUUACAAAACUUACCAAUACUUGAAUCUUUAAAUUCAUAUUUUAAGAAAUUCAAACUUUCGCAUUUCAUUACGCAAACAGGAAAUAUACUUGAAAAAGAUUCUUUAUAUAAUUGGAUUAGCAAUGCCAACCAUAAUGGUGGAAGAUUACUUGUAAAAUUUGGAUUUUAUGAUGUUAAUGGAUUUUCUGCGAUGAUGAUUCCUUUAAGGGAAUCAAGUAUUAAUAUUGAAGGUUGUUCUAUUUUAUGGAUGAUAGUCGGAAAUCCUUUAAAAUUAUCGGUUUUUAGCCCAAAUAAUCGAGAAAUUCAAGUAGAAAGUAUCAAAAAGUCUAUCACUUUGCAACCAAACAAAUCAAUAUAUCAUAUCGAAGCUCAAUUUCUUUUGUCACAUGGAUAUAGUAUACUUAUUGGCACAAAUUUUUCAUCAACAAAUUUUUAUAAUAUUAGGCUAGUCGAUUGGUCAUAUAAUUACUUAGACUUAUAUGUCUGUAUUUUACGCUCAGAUUAUGGAAGUUCAUUAAAGAUUGAUCAUGGAAGAACGAUGUGUCUUUUAGACUUAUUUGGAUUUACUUUAACUUACGACAAUUUGAAAUACAAACCGUUUCAUGUAUUUAAUAAGCUGAUUGACAUUCAAAGUAUGAUCAAGCAACACUCUAAAGAUGAUGAUGAUGUUCGGUUGAUUAGUUCAGAAGGAUCAACGGUAUUAAAAGCAGAUGAUCAAAAUGUUCAAGAAAGUCCAAAGCAAGAAAUCACCAUAGCCGCUGUUCCAAUUACAAAAUUUCAUCUUUUGAUCUCAGAAAUUGAAACUGCUUUUAAUGAGAUGCUUGACAUUGAAAUAGUUGCCGAACAUUAUAAACGAACUUGUGCUGCAUUAUUACGAGUAAUUCAUUAUGUUUUCAUGGCCGCGCUCGAUCUCAAAUUUCUCGAAGAAAUGAAAAUUGAAAAAGAAAUUGGUGAUGUCAAGAAAAUUAGAAAGUAG